UAAAGUUUGUUGUCGUUCACAGACAUCACAGACUAAACAUGGCCUCCCUAGCAACCGCACGACGCGCCGAAAACCACUUCACGCAGGGAGAGGCCGGAGAUCCCGGCAGUGUCCCGCUGCCCUGCACAGCCUCCCCGGUCGACAGUGACAGUGCUGAUCACGGUCUAACCAGGCAGAGAGCUGCACAGUUUGUCAGGGAGGCCGAGAGGAACAGGAGGCAGAUUGAAAAGUUGGAGAAAGAGAGGACGCUCAGUGUUCAGUGCAGAAAGAAUGGCUGGACGGACGUGUCCGGAGAACUCGGAGAGUACGACAGAGUGCUGGAGGACGAGAGAAAUGCAGACAAGAUGAAUCUUCAACAGCAACUUGUGAAGAUUCAUAAUGGCGUGAUGAGGUUUCAGAGACAGCUGAUAGAUGUGAAACCAACUCCUGAGCUGAUUGAAAGACUGAAGAAAAUAAUGUCAGAGGUGGAAAUCUCAAUCAACACCUUCAAAGAGGAGCAGUGCUCACGCUUUGAGGCACUUCAGAAGGAGGAGAGGACAUGCAGACAGGAGAUCACCGCUUAUGAGAAAAAGAUUGAAAACUGGAGCCUCGCUUCAAAAUCGAACCCCAAACUACCCACAGCUCCCACGGUCAAAACCAAACCUCCAGACAGAGACCUCCCUCCAGAGGUCAGAGCGCUGGAGGCUUUCCUGCAGAGGACAGGAGGCUCUUAUGGCGGCUGGGACCCAUAUGACCACCAAGCCUUCCUCAAAGUCUGGACAAAGCACAGUGGGCAACCAGCCUACAGGAGAGAGGCAAAACUUUACCUGCCUGGUAAAACAUUAGAGGAGAUAGAGCAACAUGAGGACUGGCACCAGGAGCGGAUCUAUCUGCAGGACAGAAAUAGAGAGGCUAUUCAGCGGUGGAAAGCUUGCAAACAUCAGGAACGCCAGACCAGGAUACAGAGUCAGGAGGAGGCAGAAAGCAGGGAGAGGGAGGCCAAGAGCCAGGCCCAGCAACACACUUUUAGGACUGAGGAGGAGAAGCGGCAGAUGGCACGGCAACUGGAGGAGUGGAGGGAAGAGAGGAGAAGGAAAGAGGAACAGGAGGAGGAGCAGAGACUGGCUGAGGAGACACAGAAGAGGAGACGGGCAAAGGAAGAGCGUCGCCGCCAGCUGGAAGUGAAGCUGACCAUUGAGGAGCAGCUACGUCUGAGGAGAGAGGAGGAGGAGGAGCAUGGCAGGAGGAGGAGAGAGGAGGAACAGAGGGAGAUGGAUGAGAGGAGAAGGGAGGCAACAAAGGGGAUCAAACGCUUUAAUGAAAGGGAUCUUCACAGGUUGGAGGAAAAGUUACAGGAGAAACAGCAGAGAGAAAAGGAGGAAGAGGAACGACAGAGGAGAAUUGCUGUUAAAUUAAAGGAGAAGGUCGACGGUCACGUCAGCCGAGACCCCUCCAGGCUUACCCGUCCAACUAAGGGAUGGGAUGAGCGAAUGAAACACAUCGGACCUUCAGGAGAAGGACCUCUGCUACAGAUGUUUCACAGAGCUGUUCCCACUUGGAGACAAGGCCUGUGAUGAGCAACAAUGGAUGUCAGCCAAGCAGCCCUGAAAUGCAUUCAGAAUGUCAGAAAUGAGAUUUAAAUGAAAAUUAAUGUAACAGGACUUCAACACCAGAUUUCGCCUGUAUUUGGAUCUACUGUGCUGCUGUUUGAGGUUUUGUCUAUGAAUUUGCAAAACAGUUUUUUUUAGGUUAAAGCUAAAUAUAGCUUUGUGUAUGUUUAACUUAUAUUCUCCAUUGGUGGAUUGUAAGUAAAUAAAUUCACUUACGGCCCCUCUUUAAGUGCAAAUGUGUGACACUUGUACUUCACCUGGGUGUUUUUUGUCAUGCUAUUUUAUACUUUAUAGUGGUAAAUAAUCCACUACAUUUAUCUGUCAGCUUGUCACUUGUCACAAAUGCUUAUAAAAUAUGAUGCCUUGUAAAAAUAAAACCAUCUGUAUGCAAGUGAAGCUAAAAUGAUUGAUUUAUGUACAGAAAAUUAAUCAGGAUCUACUUUGGUAAUCAUUUGAGUCCCUUUUCAUGUAGAAAUGUCAAAUGUCAUUAUUCCACCUUUAAAUAUCUGAAGAUUUGGGAAUUUUUGUAAGUUAUUGUGAAUACUUUGGAGGCCAAAACAGUCAGUUAAAGAAUCGAGACAACAACCAGCAGAAUGGUGAGUAGUUGCCCACAUAAGAUUUAAAACAUUUGCUCCAUAAUAGUAAUGUUUAGGAUUAUAUCUGAAUAUAUUUUUAAUUAUGAAAGUAGAACUCUCAGGUCAUUGUUAAGCACAUUUUCCUGAUUGUGCUGAAAUAUUUUCCUUUAUUAAAAUGGAAUAUGCUAGACUUGUAUUUGUAUUAAAGCAUUUUUGCACUGUG